AGUGCCACCACACCCCAACGACUUCACUCUUUCUUCCCAAGGACUUCAGAAAGUAAAAUAACCAGAAUUUGUGGGAGGAUUUUUUUCAUGCCGGUUAAAUCUUUGCUUUUGGCAACAUUUCGAAUGGAAAGGUUCAAAGAUCUUUCAAAGCAAUUGCAGCUGUAAGAGAGCUAGAAUCUCAAGACUGAUCGCUCCGAGUGCUAAGCAUGCAAAUAGCUCAGUUCCACAAAUUUGGACAAAAUGUUGUUUCAGAAAAUUUGCCUCUUUCACUGACGUGUUUUUAGGUCGAGGUGGAAAUGCAUCACAACAACAUCACCUUCAGGUUGGGAGCGGUGCAAUGGACACUGCUGGGUGGAUGGAGCUGCCUGAUGGAUUUGCCGAUAUCUCCAAGAAAUGCAGCCCUGAAAACCUGCCACAGAUGAAAUACCUGACAUUAAAUGGCCAAAAUGUGAGAUGACACCAAAAUGCAGCAACUCAAAGGCAGAUGACGGAUUGGCUCUCUCGGUGCUUGGGUCUGGAUCAGCUCAGAUUGGGUCUCUGCCUGAUGAGUGUGAACAAAGACAGCAGGAGAAGUCAGAGCCCUGAGGAGGUGUCAGCCUUCACGAAUAUCACUCUUGCACUGUGCCUUCAUGCAGCGAAGUCCCAUGCAAUAUUUCCAUUCAGCUUUACUCAUUUUCAUUUCACUGCCUUUCACUUGAGUUACUUUGGAGGAAUCUCCACUAAGCUCUUUGCUGAUCUAUUGCACCUUAAAUAGGACAGGGGUAUCUGGAUAGAUAUUUCUCUUCUUCAUCCUUUUUUUUUGUUUGUUUCUUUUCCUUUGCUUCGUAGGGAUGAAAUAAAACAAGGCAUCUGUGCAAGCAUGCUUUGCACUAAGGUUGAGUGAUUCUUGUCAAAAUUCAGUUAGGUAACACUUCUAGCUGAGCAGCUUCACGCUGUCUCCAAGAGGUGUGUUUGGGUGCAAUCAGUUUAACAAGUUUCAAUCAGACAGCUGGCUGCCUGGCACGUCAAAACCAUGAAGUCUCUGAGUUGAUCUCUGGACUUCCAUGCAACCAAGCCCAGAUCUCCAGGGGGAUAAAAAGGGCCUCCCUGUGCUCGCUCCCCGCACAGAGCUGCCCACUCCCAGAUUGCUGCUCCUUGCCACAACCUCCUGCUGCCAUGAGCCGGCAGACGUACAGCACCAGGGCUGGGGGUGGAGGGCGGUCGUACAGCGCUGCUUCAGCCAUCGUUCCUGGGGGCAGCAGGGCUGGCUUCAGCUCGGUGUCGGUGGUACGGUCUGGAGGAGGUGGUGGUGGCUUUGGAAGGCUCCUUGGAGGAGGAGGAGGAGGAGGAGGUGGCAGCGGUGGUGGAGGUUUUGGCAGCAGGAGCCUCUACAGCCUCGGUGGUUCCAAGAGGAUUUCCUUCGGUGUUGGAAGCAGCUUCCGGAGUGCUUUUGGGGGUGGUGGAUCUGGCCUGGGAGGUGGCAGUAGUGGUGGCUUUGGUCUUGGUGGUGGUGGAGGGGGUGGUGGCCUUGGACUUGGUCUUGGUGGUGGCGGAGGGGUUGGUGGCCUUGGACUUGGUCUUGGCGGUGGUGGAGGGGGUGGUGGUGGCUAUGGCUUUGGUGGAGGUCCUGGUGGGCUUGGCUUUGGUGGAGCAGGAGGCAUGGGGGGACUUGGAGGGCUGGGUGGUGGCAGGGGUCCCAUGGGGUUUGGUGGCCCUCCUGGCAUGGGCACCAUCCAAGAAGUGACAGUCAACCAGAGCCUGCUGGCACCCCUCAACCUGGAGAUCGACCCCAACAUUCAGCAGGUGCGCAAGGAGGAGAAGGAGCAGAUCAAGACCCUCAACAACAAGUUUGCUUCCUUCAUUGACAAGGUUCGCUUCCUGGAGCAGCAGAACAAGGUGCUCGAGACCAAAUGGACCCUCCUGCAGGACCAGGGUCAGAAAAACAGCACAGGCAAGAACAACCUGGACCCACUCUUUGAGGCUUACAUCAAUAACCUGAAGCGGCAGCUGGCCAACCUGCUGAGCGAGAGAGGACGCAUGGACGGGGAGCUGAAGAACAUGCAAGACCUUGUUGAGGAUUUCAAGAACAAGUAUGAAGAGGAAAUCAACCGACGCACAGCAGCAGAGAAUGAAUUUGUGGUGCUGAAGAAGGAUGUGGAUGCUGCUUACAUGAAUAAGGUGGAGCUGGAGGCCAAGGUGGAUGCUCUGACUGAUGAGCUCAACUUCCUCCGAGCCCUCUACGAGGCGGAGCUGGCUCAGCUCAGUGCACAAGCGUCUGACACCGCCGUCAUCCUGUCCAUGGACAACAACCGGGACCUGGACCUCAGCAGCAUCAUAGCUGAAGUCAAAGCACAGUAUGAGGACAUUGCCAACCGCAGCCGGGCUGAGGCGGAGGCUUGGUACCAAACCAAGUACGAAGAGCUGCAGGCCACGGCUGGGAAGCAUGGGGAUGAUCUGCGCAACACAAAGGGGGAGAUCUCUGAGCUCAACCGGCUUAUCCAGAGGAUCCGAGCAGAGAUAGAGAACACGAGGAACCAGUGUGCCACCCUGCAAACUGCCAUUGGAGACUCUGAGGAGCGCGGGGAGCUGGCUCUCAAGGAUGCCAAGGCAAAGAUGAUGGAGCUGGAGGAUGCCCUGCAGAAAGCCAAAGCCGAUAUGGCCCGGCAGCUACGUGAGUACCAGGAACUGAUGAACGUCAAGCUGGCCCUGGACAUCGAGAUUGCAACCUACAGGAAGCUUCUGGAAGGCGAGGAGAGCAGGCUGAGUGGAGAAGGACUCAACCCCAUUGGCUACUCGGUGAUCAGCUCCAGCUCUGGCACAGCUGGUGGAGGAGGAGGAUUUGGUGGACUGAGCCUAAGUGGAGGCGGUGGUGGAGGUGGAUUUGGUCUUGGAGGCGGCGGUGGAAGUGGAUACAGUCUUGGAGGUGGCGGUGGAAGCGGAUACGGUCUUGGAGGAGGUGGUGGAAGCGGAUUCAGUCUUGGAGGAGGUGGUGGAAGCGGAUUCAGUCUUGGAGGUGGUGGCGGAAGUGGUCUUGGUCUUGGAGGCGGUGGUGGAGGCUACAGCUUUGGAAGCGGAGGAGGACUUGGACUUGGAGGUGGGGGUGGUCUCGGAGGUGGGUAUGGAGGUGGCAGCGGGCUUGGGCUUGGAGGAGGCAGCAGCGGAAGUGGGCUGAGUUCUGCAGGAGGGAAUUUCAGCUCUGGGAGCGCAAAAGGCACCAAUCCAGGUGUGAAAAUCGUCUCCAAAACCUCCUCCAGCAAAAAGAGCAUAAAGAGCCAAAGCCUGAAGAAUGCCUCACAGCCCGAGUAAAGUGAUGCCAACGGACCCUCCCUCCCCCCAAAGCCAUCGCUCCCAUACCGCUCCUGCACCCACCACAUCUCUGCUGUAGUUCUUAAGCAUUUGGGUCCCACCUCAGGAAAGCAGCAAGAAUCAGUUAACUGGAUCUCUCAAAGCACCAGAACAGGUUUCAAAGGAAAACACGGGUCUACGAGAUUUUUGGAAUGGGGAAUUUUUGUUUUUUUUUUUUAUUAUUUUUUAUUUUUAAUGAGGGUGAGCAGCCUGUAAUUGCGGCUAGCUGAUGGCCCUCAGCAGCACAGAUCAAAUAGCAGCUCAGAUGCAGUAACUGGGUUUUGAACUCGGUUUUGCAUUCACUGUUCUGGCCCGCAGAAGCCCAGGGACGGGCUGGGAACGUGGCUUCCAUCCAGCCUGCUUCUCCCUCGCUGCUGGGACAAAUCAAGCUCAUCCCUUCAAGUUAAGUAACUCGUCUUCUCACAUCUCCAUACAUCUGUGAGGUUUUUUUCUGCUACAUAGAAACACUUUCGGAGGCUGCUGAAAGAUCCCAGGCAGUGGUUUGCAAGCUCAGUGCCCCUCUUAAGACGCCUCUUCCAAUGGCAGCACAGAACCAUGAGGAGACACUUCUCAGUCAAUAAGUCUGAUGGAAAAUAUCCCUCUUCUCCCCACCUGUGGCCAAGCUUUGAAAAAUCCAUCGCUUCCAGAUGUGCUGAGCAACCACACAACAUCUGGAAAGCUCCCUGAGAUGCCCACAGAACCUUGAACCACUCUCACCUGUCCCCUCUCUCUUCCCAAAUGGACGUUUGCCCCAUAGCAGCUCCUUGCAUGUAAACUUGUAGGUGCAUUUGGUCACCUCUGAUGGAUCCCAAGCAGGUGGGAAAAGGCUUGUUCCCUAAAUUAUCAGAUUUUUUGGGUUUGUUUUAAAAAGUAACCAGGGCGCAGAGGUUUUCAGCAGAUUGGUGUUUGCAGUUACAUUGGGUUGUUUCUUGCUUCGUGCUAGGUUUUGUGGGAGUGACUUAAAAAGUGCUAAAAUCACCCCAACACCCAAACCUCACUGACUUUCCCCAUGGUGUCAGCAGCAAUAAUAAAAUUCCCUGCAAAAACCCACACAGAGGGCCACGUCCAUGCUGCUCCAGGGGAACCUCAUCCGCUCCAUGGGGUAUGCAUUUCUAGGCCAAAAGAGAUGUACUUGGGUAAAAGGUGCAGUCAGAUCUCAGCCCAACACAUGGUAAAUGUGACGAUCUGGAGCAGGUGCCAAAGGUGCCCCUUUCUGAUGGGAUCUGCCCCUGUAGUGCUCCACUCUGCCUUUAUUUUGGUGAAAAUACCACUAGCAGAGAAAUUUGCAGCUUUUUAUACUUCAACGGUAGCAAAACAGUGCUGUGUUUUCCUUCCUCUCUCUUUUGGGAAUGUGUCCAAUAAAACAACUGUAAUGUA